AUGUGUUUUCGUAUCACAAAAUUCUUCGCAAUUGCCACGUUUGUCGCCGUCUUGGCCUGCGCCAGCGCUGACGUCUCUGAGCUGGGCUACAGCUAUCAACAACCUGCUGCUAGUGUACCCACGCAUUCCUAUAUUCCGCCAGCAGCUAAUGCACCUGAACCGGCCUACGCGCCUGCUCCAGCACCAAUCUACCAGCCCGCACCAGCUGCUCCAGCACCAGUUUACCAGCCUGCACCAGCUCCAGUCUACCAACCAGCUCCUGCGCCAUCUGCGCCUGCGUCUUCCUACAUUCCACCAGCACCAGCUGCUGCCGCACCGGAACCAGUUUAUGCUCCAGCUCCGGCACCAGCACCAGCAGCCCCUGCGCCAGCCUACCAGCCAGCGCCUGCGCCAUCAGCUCCCGCCUCAUCUUACAUUCCACCUGCACCUGCUGCCGCGGCUCCUGAACCAGUCUACGCUCCUGCUCCAGCACCCGUCUAUCAACCAGCUCCUGCUGCUCCAGCACCCGUCUAUCAAUCAGCUCCUGCUGCUCCAGCAGCCGUCUAUCAACCAGCUCCUGCUGCUCCAGCACCCGUAUAUCACCCGGCUCCUGCCCCAUCUGCUCCCGUAUCCUCUUACAUUCCACCUGCCCCACAACCCGCUGCAUCAGAGACCUAUGAGCAACCCGCUGAAGAUGGCUACAGAUACCGCACUAAACUCUUUGCCGCUGCCACUGUCGCCGCCAUUUUGGCCUUCGCCUGCGCUGAUGUGUCAGAGUUGGGCUAUGCCUAUAACCAGCCAGCCGCUAGCGCACCUUCAAGUUCCUACAUUCCACCAGCUGCCAAUGUUCCUCAACCUGCCUAUGCACCAGCUCCUGCGCCAGCCUAUCACCCGGCUCCUGCUCCAGUCUAUCACCCAGCUCCUGCCCCAUCUGCUCCAGUAUCAUCUUAUAUUCCACCUGCACCCGCUGCCGCCGCUCCUGAACCAGUCUACGCUCCUGCUCCAGCUCCAGUCUAUCAACCAGCUCCUGCUGCUCCAGCACCCGUUUAUCAUCCAGCUCCAGCACCCGUAUAUCACCCGGCUCCUGCCCCAUCUGCUCCUGUCUCUUCUUACAUCCCCCCUGCCCCACAACCCGCUGCUUCUGAGGUCUACGAGCAGCCCGCUCAGGAUGGUUACAGAUACCGCACUGUUAACCGCCGCGUCCACAAACAGCGUCGCUUCUAA